AUGGAAAUAAAACACCUGAAGAAUCUUAUCAUUGUUUCUUUUGGAUUUUUACUGCUGUUUACCGCAUAUGGGGGACUACAGUCUUUACAGAGCAGCCUGAACCCUGAGAAAGGCCUGGGUGUUGCAUCAUUAAGCGUCAUCUAUGGAUGUCUUAUUUUGUCUUCACUUUUUCUGGCACCCAUCCUUAUUAAGAAAAUUGGAUGCAAAUGGACCAUUGUGGCUUCAAUGUGCUGUUAUAUUACCUACUCUGUUGGGAAUUUUCAAGCAAACUGGUACAGUAUAAUAAUCACCUCUGCAAUUCUGGGAUUUGGAGGGGGACCACUAUGGACAGCAAACAGUACCUAUCUGACUACCGAUGGAAGUAGGUAUGCAGAGCUGACUGGCAAGAAAAAAAUUGAUGUUCUGAACCAGUACUUUGGAGUAUUCUUUUUAAUAUAUCAGACUUCGGGAAUAUGGGGAAAUCUCAUCUCAUCACUAGUGCUUGUACAAAAUCACGAUAAGGUGGUAUCUGAAAAUGCUAGUUACUCUCAUUGUGGGGCAACUAAUUGUCCUGCUUCUUCUGUUGGAUCUAGCAACAUUACUGUAUCAUCAACCGGUGUAUCAGACAACCUACGUUACACUCUUAUGGGCAUUUAUACUGGGUGUGGGGUGCUUGCUGUGCUACUUAUUGUAAUCUUCUUGGAGCAGAUUGAUUUAAAAGAAGAGCUGAAAAAUGAUGAAGUACAGCCAUCUAUCUGGAAAGCAUUACUUUCCACAAUACUUCAAUUAAAGGAUUUACGACAGUGUCUCCUUAUACCUAUAACAAUGGUCUUUGGGUUCCAGCAAGGAUUUCUUUCAAGUGAUUUUACUCAGGCUUAUGUUACCUGUAGUUUGGGGAUACAUUUUGUGGGAUAUGUGAUGAUUUGUGGUGGAGCAACAAGUUCCAUUUGUUCCCUGCUCUUUGGAAAACUUUCCCAGUACACUGGUCGGAUUGUUCUGUUUAUAUUCGCUGCAGCAGCAACUGCUUCCAGUGUAUGUGCCCUACUGCUUUGGAAACCAAACCCUAACCAACUUGCACUAUACUUCAUAAUUCCUGCUUUGUGGAAUAUGUCUGAUUCUAUACGCUGGACACUUCUGAACACAUAUUAUGGUGUUUUAUUUGCUGAUUGUAAAGAAGCCGCCUUUUCCAAUUACAACCUCUGGCAGUCUCUUGGAUUUGUCAUAGCAUUUGCAUACAGCAAUAUAUUGUGUGUCUACAUGAAAAUUUACAUUGUUCUUUCCAUCAUGUUGCUUGGGACUAUUCUUUAUUUGGUAGUUGAAUUUAUAGAAUACAGAAAAUCCCCUAAAGAUGUUGAAAAUACAAAUACAGUAAUGGAGUCAGAAAACGCAAUUACAGUAAUGGAGUCAGAAAGCACAAAUACAGUAAAGGAGUCAGAAGACGCAAAUACAGUAAUUGAGUCAGAAAACACAUAUACAAUAAUGGAGUCAGAAGACGCAAAUACAGUAAUGGAGUCAGAAAGCACAAAUUCAGAAACGACGUUAGAAAAUGCAAAUACAGUAACGGAGUCAGAAAGCACAAAGUAACGGAGUCAGGAAGCAUAAAUACAGUAAUGGAGUCAGAAAACGCACAUACAGUAAUGGAGUCAGAAAACAUAAAUGCAGUAAUGGCAAAAAGCACAAAGUAACGGAGUCAGAAAGCACAAAUACAGUAAUGGAGUCAGAAAACGCACAUACAGUAAUGGAGUCAGAAAACAUAAAUGCAGUAAUGGCAAAAAGCACAAAGUAACGGAGUCAGAAAGCACAAAUACAGUAAAAGGGCCAGAUGUAAUUAAGUCCGAGUUAG